AUGCUCAAAUUUGUAGAUAGUAGAGUGUUGCGCCGGCCUUGGUGGGAUAGUACUGGAUUCAGCAGUUUGAUUUACCGAGCAGAAGAGAGCCGAAGAUUAUUGAGUUAUGAAUCGUAUGGGACAGGAAAAUGGAAUAGAAUAAGCCUCUUUGCAAAUUUUCCACCAACAUUAAGGGAUUCUUGGCUUUUGAACAGGGUCUUUGUGGAUGUUGCAGCAAAGAUGAUAAUGUUGUUAGAAAUUAUUAUUCAACCUCAUGAGGAUCAUAAGCCUUGGAAUUGGAAGGCAUGUUUUGAAAUGCCAGCCAUUGAAGAGCUAGUAGAACUGGUUGAGGAGGUGUUGCCACCUCCUCCAAGCCAACAGAAAGCCAAAGGAGGAAUUGAUGAGAAUGAAGAAGAACGAGGAGAUGGGGAAGAGAACGAUGAGGAAAACGAAGCUGCAGAUAAGGAAGAACCUGAAACAAGUUGA